AUGCCGAGCUUCUGGCAAUGGGCAGUGAUCGGCGUCUCUCUCAGACUGAGCCUGAUCGUCUACUCGGUGUACCACGACGCUCACUCGACGCUCAAGUAUACAGACGUAGACUACUAUGUCUUCACUGACGCUGCGCGAUACAUCGUCGAGCCUGAAGCCGACGACAGGCUGGGCAUUGGCAGUCCCUACCGUCGCUCGACGUACCGCUACACGCCUCUGCUCGCGCUUCUGCUCACGCCCAACGUUUGGUUGCACGAAGCAUGGGGCAAAUCGCUCUUUGCGCUCGCCGACCUCGGCGUUGCCUGCAUACUCGAAAGGCUUCUGAAGAAGAAAGCUUUGUUAUCGCAGCACAAGCGGAGAUGGCUGCUCAACGCAGUCUGGUGGCUCAAUCCAAUCGCGAUGAACAUCUCCACGCGCGGCUCGUCUGAAUCUCUGCUGGGCCUGCUCGUCGUCGGCUCGCUCUAUGCAUUCGAGACGGGUGCACUGGCUGCAUCAGCCUGUUUGCUCGGUGUUGCCAUCCAUCUGAAGCUGUAUCCUGUCAUCUACGGACUCGCAUGCUGGUCUGCGCUUCACCGACGCGACGCCCUCCUGAACUCGACCCAGAUCCGAUACGCCUUGAUCAGCGCUUCGACGCUUGCAGCGCUCAAUGCAGCCUGCUACCUCAUAUGGUCUUGGGACUUCAUCGAGCAUACGUACCUCUACCAUUUGCACAGGCUUGAUCACCGCCACAAUUUCUCAGUCUACCACUACUCGAUCUAUCUGAGCUACGGACUCGACAGUGCGAGUUGGCUUGACUUGCCCUGGGUGUCCUUCGUGCCUCAAUUGGGUGCCUGUACCGCGCUCGGCCUCCUGCUCGGUAGCCGCUCGCUGGGCUUGGCAUGGUUUGCUCAGACUGUGGCAUUCGUGGCCCUCAACAAGGUGUGCACAUCUCAAUACUUCAUGUGGUAUUUGUGGCUCCUCCCGCUCAUUCUUGCAAGCGUACGGGUCAGUCGAGUGGAAGGCUCACUUUGGCUCCUUGGCUGGAUAGCAGGUCAGGCGCUUUGGCUAUCCGCUGCCUUUCGGCUCGAGAUGCUGGGUCACACGACGUACUAUCAGCUGUGGCAGGCAAGCGUGCUCUUCCUGCUCACCAACAUCGCGAUUCUCUGUCGCAUUCUCUCGACGGCAGCCGAUGCAUUGCGAUGCAAAUCCGGAUCUACGCGUUGCAAGAGAUGA